ACACUAGUCAGAUUGAGAGUUUGAUGGAGAGAGAAACGGUGUGUUUAACGGAGUUUGCAGGAAAAGGUGAUCUAGUAAACAUGAGUAGAGUCCAAAUGCUGCUGUCGUUGAAGAAGCAGCGACUCACUGCUGCUGCUGCUGAAGAGAUAUUUGCUCUGUUUGAAAAAACGAUAGCAGAGCUCGAGGAGGAGCUGUCUCGUUCAAAAGAGGAGAACGAGAGACUCCAGAAACUACUGGACGCUGUUUUACAGCCUCAGCUUCGGAUACACAGAACAGACGUACAGCUGCUGGUGGUGGUUAAAGAAGAGCUUCUCCCUGACCAGCAGGAGUGGAGCACCAGUCUGGACCAGGAGGACCCAGAGUGCCCCCCAUACAUUAAGCUAGAACAGGAGGAACUCAGGAUCAAUCAGGAGGGAGAGCAGCUUCAGGAGCUGGAGGAGGCUGAUAUCAUCAAGUCCACUUUCACUCCUGACCCUGUGAAGAGUGAAGAUGAUAAAGAGAAACCUCAGUCCUCACAGCCUCAUCAAAGACAAACUGAACACAUGGAAACAGAAGCUGAUGGAGAUGACUGUCGAGGACCAGAACCUGCCAGGAACUCAGUUCCAGAAAGCAGUUUACAACCAAAGACUGAGGACAACACUGGAGACUCUUCUGAACCUGACUCUGGAGACUCAUCUGAACCUGACACUGAGGACAGUGCUGAUUGGAAGGAGACCAGAGAACCUGCGUCAGACUCAACCUCACUGAAAAAUAGACAAGAAUCUGUCAGUGAUUCAAGCCGUAGUGCUGUAAAGAAACUAUUUGGCUGCUCUGUGUGUUCAAAAUAUUUUACAUAUAGAAGCAAUGUUCAGCGACACAUGAGAGUCCACACAGGAGAGAAACCCUUUAGCUGCUCAGUUUGUACCAAAUCUUUUGCCUCGAGCGAAACUUUAAAAAAACACAUGAGAAUCCACACAGGAGAGAAACCAUACAGAUGCUCAGUCUGUGAGAAACCUUUUUCACAGAGAGAAAAUGUAAAGGACCACAUGAAAAUCCACACAGGAGAGAAACCACACAGCUGCUCAGUCUGUAUGAAAGCUUUUUCACGGAAUAGAAAUUUAAAGACACACAUGAGAGUCCACACAGGAGAGAAACCACACAGCUGCUCAGUCUGUAAGAAAGCUUUUUCACAGAAUAUACAUUUAAAGGAACACAUGAGAAUCCACACAGGAGAGGAAAUAUACAGCUGCAAUGUUUGUGACAAAAGAUGUCAAUGUCGUAGUGAUUUCAAAAGACACAAGUGUGUUGGUCGUCAGUCCUCACAGCUUAAUGAAAUUCAAACUGAGGAUAACAGAGAGGCAGAGCCUCCAAUCAGCAGCUCAGCAGCACACAUGGAAACAGAAGCUGAUGGAGAGGAUAAUGAAUAAGUCUUAGACAGUUCACAUAUGAGACAAUUCUGUCUGACUGGAUUAACAUUGUUGCACAACAUUCAUAUAAGACUUAAAUGAACUCCAUCUUUAUCAACAUAAGUGGAGAAUAUGUUUAUUGUUUUUGUCAUACUGAUGUUCUGAUUUAUAUGUUAACCACUGACUAUUGAUGAACCAUUUUAUUUUGGAUUAAGGGCUCCAAGUUUCCAUAUAGAGAUAUAGGAUGAUUUGAUGUUUUGUUCUUUAUUUCUAAAUGUUUUGUAUCAUUGCUAUCCUGUUCAUGAGUCCUGUUUUACAUAAAUGUACCUGUUCUCUGA